GAUAGGGAAAGAUGGGAUCGAACUCGAUAUGGACGAGCAAGCAAAAUAAGAUAUUCGAGGAUGCAUUGGCGGAGUACUGUAAAGAUUCGCCGGAGUGGUGGCAGAAGGUGGCUAGGGCUGUCGGCAAGACGGUGGAGGAUGUGAAAUGUCACUAUCAGAAGCUCGUUGAAGAUAUCGAAUGCAUCGAAUCGGGAAAAGUCCCGCUGCCUAAUUAUAGACCUUAUAAGGAAAAUCGCAAAGAAAAGAAAAUCAUCGAUGAUCAAGAACAAAGGUAUAUAUAUACA